UGAUUUUUCGCAUUUAAUCUCGUGGAUAUUGCAAAUAUAAUCAUGGGUUUGAAAGAUAUUUUAACAUUUUUUAUCUUUAUUUCUAAAGCUAAUUACUUUAUGUCCUUGCCAAUAUAAUAUAUUCGUUAUGCACAAAAUUUUCAACUGGUGAUUAUUUAAAGUUUUAUUCUUUAUGGGGGUAACAAGUGUUCUCAUAAUUACCAUCUAUUUCGCUCAAGAUGAUAAGAAAAUUGAAAUAUUAAUUGUGCUGAUGUAGAUCUGUUUGAGUCUUUGAAAAUCUGCAUACGAAAUUAUAUUUAAAUGGUCCAAGUAAAUGAUGAGUUUGAUUUUUGGUAACAAAGAAAUUUCAGGGGUAAAUCUAGUGUAAUGCUGUAAAUGAUUAUAUAUUGAGAAAUGGGGAAGAAGGGGAGCUGGUUUUGUGCACUGAAUAGAGCUCUGAGCUACGAAUCGAAAGAGAAGAAAGAUAAAAAAAACAAUAAAUCAAAAAGAUGGUCCCGAAAACAGAAGAGUCUAGAUUUGGAUUCUUCCAAUGCAGAAGAAAAUGCUCCGGUGGUUCCUGCACUCGAUGGCCCGGUGGAGGAAUUAAAGUUGAUAAAAACUGAGGAUGAGCAGAAUAGGCAUGCUUAUUCUGUUGCUUUUGCAACAGCUGCGGCUGCUGAGGCAGCAGUUGCAGCUGCUCAGGCUGCCGAGGUUGUUCGACUCACAACUGCAGCCCAUAAUUUGGGUAGAACAAAGGAAGAAAUAGCCGCUAUUAAGAUUCAGACAGCUUUCCGAGGGUACUUGGCUAGGAGAGCGUUGAAGGCACUGAAAGGGCUGGUGAGGCUGAAAUCAUUGAUUCGAGGGAACUCUGUGAAACGUCAAGCAACAACCACCUUACGAUGUAUGCAGACACUGGCUCGUGUGCAAUCUGAGAUUCGUGCUAGGAGAAUUAGAAUGACGGAGGAGAAUAUGACUCUUCAGCGACAGCUCCAGCAGAAGCAUGAGAAGGAGCUUGAAAAGUUGAGAGCAUCUACUGGAGAGGAUUGGAAUGACAGCAUGCAGUCUAAAGAACAGAUCGAAGCAAAUCUUCAACAUCGGCAGGAAGCAGCUAUGAGAAGAGAAAGGGCAUUGGCUUAUGCAUAUUCUCAUCAGCAAACAUGGAAGAGCUCAAAAUCUUCAAAUCAAACAUUUAUGGAUCCAAAUAAUCCCCAUUGGGGUUGGAGUUGGUUAGAGAGAUGGAUGGCUUCCCGGCCUUGGGAAAAUGGAAGUGCAAUGGACAAAGAACUUGACAGUGAUCAUGCAUCAAUGAAGAGCACGACAAGUCGCCCCGCUUCUGUUGGGGGAAUUACAAGGACUCAAUCUCACCGUGUCGAUAAUAAGCUAUCUCCUACAGCCCACAAACGAAGUCGGCCUCCCAGCAGGCAAUCACCUUUGACUCCCACCUCAAAGGUUUCUGGAAGAUUAACAAGGGGAAAUACGGCCAGGGAAGAUGACUCGAGGAGUUUGAACAGUGUAAAAUCUGAGGUUUGUAGGAGGCACAGCAUUGCAGGAUCCUCGGUGAGAGACAAUGAAAGCCUAGCAAGUUCACCUUCAGUUCCAGGUUACAUGGCAGGCACAAAAUCAGUAAAAGCUAAAUCUCGGUUGUCAAGUCCAUUGCGAUUAGAAAAGAAUGGCACUCCAGAGAAAUUCUCACCUGUUUCUGCAAAGAAAAGGCUAUCAUUCUCCCCUUCUGGCCCGAGGCGGCAUUCUGGCCCCCCAAGAUAGAUACUAGUUCUGCUAAGACAUCAACAUGAAACGACGGAUUUAUCAUUUGAGUGCAUUUAUAAAGCGUAAGACGUGCAAGGAAUAUAUACAUAUAUAACACUUUGCCGACCAUGAAGAAGCUAUCAUCUUAGUAGUGCAAAUCACGAGAAGUGAUUAGCAGGAAAAUACCAUGCUUUCAAAAUUCCUUCUUUUUUUUUUCUUUUUUUUUUUUUGUCAAGAACUGUUUGUUAGUUAUGUUAAUUGUGUAAUGAAAUAGAGGUUGGUUUUGUGUUGAGUUAUUUAUAUUUUAUAACACUGUUCUUGCAUGUU